CUUGGAUGCUAACAUAGCUUUGUCCAGAUGAGAAAUGCAGUAAGGGCAUUGGUGGCCCAGCUAGGGGCAGGUCUCUGGCCUUUGUUGUCCGUCUGAGAUUGCCUGUAAGGCUGCCAUAGAUCUUUGGAUGUGUCCGUUGGGUCUGUCCAUCGCGAUCUGGAUCCAGCUUCUUCAGUUUGUUUCACACAGGCACUUGAAUGACAAAGUAUACGCUGAUAGAUGAACAAGACAUCCCAUUAGUGGAGAGUUACUCUUUUGAGGCUCGGAUGGAGGUAGAUGCUGAUGGAAAUGGUGCUAAAAUAUUUGCUUAUGCUUUUGACAAAAACAGAGGAAGGGGAUCUGGGCGUCUGCUGCACGAGCUACUGUGGGAGAGGCACCGGGGAGGGAUUGCCCCAGGAUUUCAAGUGGUGCAUCUGAACGCAGUGACGGUGGACAACCGACUGGACAAUCUGCGUUUAGUCCCAUGGGGAUGGAGACCCAAAGCUGAAGAUGUUUCUAGUAAACAAAGGGAACAAAGUCUGUACUGGCUGGCGAUCCAGCAGCUUCCCACAGAUCCAAUAGAAGAGCAGUUUCCUGUGCUGAAUGUAACGCGGUAUUACAACGCUAAUGGGGAUGUUGUGGAGGAAGAGGAAAAUUCAUGCACAUACUAUGAAUGUCACUACCCCCCAUGCACAAUGAUUGAAAAACAGUUACGUGAAUUCAAUAUAUGUGGCCGAUGCCAGGUAGCAAGGUACUGUGGGUCUCAGUGCCAGCAGAAGGACUGGCCUGCUCACAAGAAGCACUGUCGGGAGAAGAAACGAACCUUCCAGCAAGAGCUCGGACCAGAACGAUGACCAGGUGGCACAAGCCUCUCAGCAGCAGGAUUCCUUCUCAAAGGCAUUGGACUCUUGCUUUUGCACAGUAAUGACAGACUGCUUAUUGAAGCCAGAGGCACUGAAGAAGACAAACCCUGUGAUGCUUGAGUAGAACAGCUGACUGGACUAAGCCAGCUCUGACUGGUGCUGUGGAAAGGGAUUGGGUCUUCCCUUCCAGUAUUAUAUUCUCAAGCAAAAAGACUACUGUGGAGGCUCCAGGCAGGAAGCUUCUCAUUAUUUAUAUGUUAAUAUGUUUGUAAACUCAUGUACAGUUUUUUGUUAGAAAUUCUCAAUAGGACUCAUUUACUGUAAUGUUCAGAUGAGAACACAUUGUUGGCCUACAAGUAAAAAAACUGUCAUGUAGCAAAAGCUUUUUUUCCCAUGUGGCUAAACAAUAUCUGUGGCUGUUCCAGGGCCAGGAGCCUGGCUCAGACAUCAGCAGUUACUCUGGAGAACUCUGCAUGGAAGUUAUAUUUUAAAAAAGCAAAACAAAGUAAAGGGUUGGAAUGAAUUGUUGUCUGCUCUGCUCUGCAGUUUUCUCCUGUUCCCUUUUAGCCAUUUCUGAAGCUCAGUAACACUUGGUCUUUACAUCUCUUACUAAGCAUUUUCUUUCUAAUACACCAAGCCUUGACACUGGGCCCAGAAUUCAGGGUAUCAUCCACAAGGAGACUGGAAGGGCAUGGAGCUGGUUGAUCCCACUUGCAUUGGAGAAGGGCUGCUAGAGAUCAUGCUUUGUGUUUUGCAGAAAGUUAAAUCUGGUUUCCUGCUGUCAAACCUUUGCAUGCUCAUGAAUGUCGCCAAAAGAUCUUCUCUUGCUUUUCCAGAUGUUUGUAACUGAUCUGGCAGGUAUAGUGGUUGCUUUGGGAUACUCCUUACUUUAAAGAGAUGCUAUCAAUCUGAAAAUCAUAUCUUUCUGAAUUUUUUUUUACUUAAUAGUGAAAAUUAACACCAAAAAUGUGGGAGGAACUAUUUUUUGACCUGCUUUGGAAAAGAGAAUUAUUUUGGCUGCUCUUGCUUUUUUAUUAUGUAUAACAGAUACCUUAACGCUCUGCUUACUUUUCCUUAGAAAUACCAGAAACGUCAAAUUUGGGUGCUCUCUAUUGUUUUUGAGGGACUAAAUAGAUGACUCAAAUAUGCAGUGCAAAUUUUCUCAGUCCUUAAUAGAAAGGAGUACGGUAUUGAAUUCUUAAAUAGCUUUUCUGCAAGUUUUUAGUGAAAUAAGUGUUAACCUAAAGAACCUGAAAAACAUCACUUCCAUUGGGUUUCACUUCUUUGGUACGUGGGUCAGUCCUAGUUCGUUUGUCUCGAGAGUCUGCCAUGGAAAACCCAGUAGUUUUACCAGUCAUACUUGCAUAGAUAUAAGAGCCUUUUAUUCUUGUAGCUUAAA